AUGUCUUCCCCUCUUCCGGAUGGGGUUUGGGCUUUUGGAAGUUCCUUAAACAAUACCUACCAUCUAGAUCUAUCUUCGCAGUAUACUACCUACGGCGACAAGUACUCGGAAAUUGCAAGCGACCUUGACACUGAGUGGACGAACUUGCCUCUUGACUCAUCCUAUACUCAACCGAUGUUCAACUCCGCCAAAGAUGAGUUUUGGAACACGUUCACCGAUUUCAGCUCCGAGGACUCAUCUCAGGGAUCUCCUUCUCCCCUUUCCUCAACGCUAAGCCUUAUAUCACUGGUCCCAGACUUCGCGAAUCCCCUUCCAACAAGCAUGGAUUCGGUAACCAUCGAUUCGCUCCGUAUAAACGGUGUUCUCUCGCUUCCCAGUGAAAGUCUUCAAAGAGCCCUUUUACAAUCUUUUGUUGAAUGCGUACAACCGGCCAUGCCAAUCCUUGAAUGGCAAAAUUUUCUGAAUUCGAUCUACGGUCGCGGCAAUGGUCAUGGCUCAAUUAGCUUACUUCUUUUCCAUGCCGUCAUGUUUUCUGCGACUACAUUCGUUGACCUGAGGCACCUUCACGCCGCAGGUUACUCCAAUAGGAGAGAGGCACAUGAAUCCUUCUUCCAAAAAGCCAAGCUUCUCUACCAAGCAAAUUACGAGCAAGAUACCCUCACCAUCGUGCAAGCAAUGCUUCUCCUUACCUACCGUGUCGACGCAAAAGAUGGCGACGACAGCAGCCACUGGAUCGGUGUCGCCAUCUCCAUGGCCACAUCCAUUGGCCUUCUCCAGGAUCCGGCCGGUACGAGAAACUUCGACCAUAGUGCCAAGUUAUGGAAGCGAGUUGCUUGGGCAUGUUACACAACCGACUGCCUGAUCUCACUGAGACUACGAUGUCGACCAAAUAUUCAUGGAAUGGGUUUCAGUCACCAGAUCCUGACAGAAGACGACUUUGAGUUCUACAGUCUCCCUUCAGAGAACCAAAUUAUUUCACCCAACUGCUCGAUAGCAUAUAAUACCAACGCCCAAAAGGAACUAGCCCAUAUUUACAUCGCAAAUACCCGGUUAUGCAUCUGCAUCAGUGAAGUCCUCGAUUUCAGAGGCAAGGUCAACCACAUCUACGCGUCCGCUGGAUCACCUAUCCAAAGAAACAACAGAGAUAAUACUGACAAGGCUACCCGGGUAUCUAUCUCUGAAUACAAACUGGCCGACUGGGCCGACUCACUACCACCAUCUUGCCACGCCCCCUCUCCAGACUCAAGCAAUGCCGAUGACCCAACCAUCGCCGUCCAGCGCAGCCUUCUCCAUCUACAGUUCUACACAACUAUCGCGAUUCUUCACCAAUUACAACCCUUUCCAUCAUCGAAGUUCUGCGUUCAACAUGCUGCGAGUCAAAUCACAUUAAUAGCUUCCGAACUUCAUAUCAAAAAGCUACACGACAGACUGUCCAUUACUGGUGUCACAGCGAUUCUCGUGGCAUUGAUUAUACAUAUGUCCCAGUUAAAGGCUUCACCAUCACCUAAGAGGAAUCAGGCUAUUGAGAACUUCCAGUCGUGUUUGGAGGUGAUGGGUAGCUUGAGAGACGUUUAUUGGGAGGCGGAGAGUGUUACUGAGUGGGCGUCGAAAGCGAUUAUGUAA